AAUAUAGUGUCUGGUUUUCUGAAAGAAUGAUGGCAGGGACAGAGGCACGCCAAAGCCGCAAACCUGAAUCAGUCACGUGGUACGGCCGGCUCGCGAGGUUUCGAACGUCACCACAUACCUCAUCCACACAAGCCUCGAUACGCGCUUCACAAAAAUCAUAAUGGACUAUUCGACACACGCUUCGAAGCCUCGACGCGGAAGACACAUCACUAAACAUCAGUACACAAUGUAAACUUGGCACUAGAGUUGGUUAUAGAACUGGAUCAUGGUGUUUCCUCUUGAAUUUUCGCACUUUAAACCCUUCAUAUAUACAGCGGAGGGGAGCAGCGUCGCUGUGAGUUUGAGUCAGUGAAGUCGUGUGGGAGGAGUUAGAGUAAAAUGGCUGCUGGAAAGAGCAGAGUGCUUGAGAAAUCAUAAAAUUGGACGUUUAUGUCGCUAACAGCAUGCACAACAGCUCGAACGAAGGAGUGGUUAAUUUGUUCGCGUACCUAGCUGAGUAUGGUCUAAGCACGCCAGCUGCCUCCCGUUUACUUGCGUUCUGCUCAUCCAUUUACUGCUCUGACAUUGUGGAAUUCAUUAGAAGCUAGCUAGUCGUUAUCCAUCGACUAGCGCUAACUUAGUAGCAAUUAGCCAGCAGAUAUCCGGGAAAUCAGCACCGCACACCAACUGUUGAGACUCCUAUCUAUGGUAGCACAAAGAUGCAGAAUCCCUUGAAAAACGACUUCUAUCAUCAUCCCAAACAACAGCUCCUGAAGAGAGACCACCGCCGUGGCAGAAAAAAGAAGCAAUGUAAAAAGAAGCUCAACGAGACUACAUUAUGUAGGGUCUUUCCAAUACUGGAGACAUGGACACCUGUGGACAACUAAAGAGGAUGAACUAGCAAAGUGUCUUUAGACUGGAAUGAACCAAGAGCAGGUCUGGCUUCAACCUCCAUGAAGAAAUGACCUGGACCUACAGAGCUGGAAGAGCCUGCAUCAAUCACCGGAUUGAUUGACAUGACAAGAACAGAUUUCCAGUCCAGCCACCCCCAGUGAUGAAUUUCCACCCUGCGCUUUAUUCUCAUCUACAGCUGGUCUCAUCAACAAACCCCCCUAGUGGACAUCCGUCUCGAUACAGUACAACAUCCUUGCCCAUCAUCCAAUGACACAUAUUCUCCAUACUGUGAUCUUUUGCACAUGCCAUGGUGGCUUUGGACAAGUUUUGCACAAAACUAUCACAGAGUACCUGUCCUGAAUGGCUAUGGAGUGGUGUUGGCUUCAGACUGGAUGACGGGGUCUACAGAGAGGACAGGGUCACACAGAUUCUAAAGCAGCAGCGGGCUUUUCCUUGACGUACAUUGACUGGCAGUGACAGUGCAUUCACAGCUGACCUCUCUACUCACAUAUGCUGUCUGUGUCUGUCCCCUUACUUCCCCUAACCUCCUCCUCCCUUCAUCAUCUUUUUUGUUUGCUUACUUCUCUAAUUUGACUUUGCACUCUGUUGCUUCUGAACUCUUGAUAAUUUUACGGGAACUCCUUCUUUCAUCUUUGAGUUCUUGUGACCUUUGACCUGCCUCUCACUGGGCCCAGGAUGAGCUGGCUGAGCAGGCUGAACCCACGGGGUCCAGGGAGUCGCUCUGGCCGGAGCACCACCCCCUCCAGCCCCUGCACUGCUGACCCAGAGACCUGCCUUAUGGUUUUUAAAAACCACUGGAGACAGGUCUCUUGGGUGUUGGAGCAGCAGGAGCCUUCAUCCUCCAGCGAUGACCUGACUGCAGUGAGGAAUCACACCGACCAAAUGUUAUGUCUACUGGCAGAGGAGCGACCUGCCGAGAACUCGGAGGGUGGUGCCAGCGUGCUGCCAAUGGGCCCCAUUCUGGAGAUGGUGGUCACAGAGAAUAUUCUGGAGCACUUGUUUCAGUGGCAUCUCCGCCGAGGCCUGGACCCUGACAGCCAGGGGGCACUACUCAAGCUGUUUGAGAUGCUCAUUGGCCAGUCACAGCAACCUCUCCUGCAGCACACAGCCAUCCUCCACCCGCUGCUGAGGCUGUUGGGAGCCUGUGCUGACCCAGAACUUGGUUGUCCUUCAGCGCUGGAAAACAGCCUGGUACUGCUGCUCAAUCAGGUAUGCGUGUCCAUGGCCCGGCAGCCUGUGGUUCUUGAGAUGUUGUUCCAGGCGGCGCCAGCUCAGCAGGGCUCCACCAAUCUGCUGAUCUUCUCCCUACUCGUGCCAUUCAUCCAUCGUGACGGAGCCAUUGGACAGCAGGCUCGCGAUGCGCUGCUGCUGGUCAUGGCAGCUUCAGCAAGCCAUGAGGCUGUGGCACGUUACAUAGCUGAGAACUCUUACUUCUGUCCGGUGCUGGCGACAGGCCUCAGCGCUCUCUACUCCUCUCUGCCAAGGAAGAUUGAGGUGCGAGGAGAUGACUGGCAUGCCCUUCGACGAGAGGACUGGAUGUGCGUAUCAUCACUCGUGCUGUUCAUGAACUCGCUGGAAUUCUGCAAUGCAGUGGUGCAGGUUGCUCAUCCCAUGGUCCGCUUCCAGCUCCUGGACUAUCUCCACAACGGCUUUCUCGUACCUGUCAUGGGCCCUGCACUGCAUAAGUCGUCCGUGGACGAGAUGAUUGCCAGCACCGCCUACCUGGACCUCUUUCUGCGCAGUGUGUCAGAGACUUCCCUCCUCAAAACCUUCCUACGCUUCAUCCUGCUGCACCGUCAUGACAGCGACACUAUCCUGGACACACUUCUUACACGCAUCAGCAGCAAUUCAAGGCUCUGCAUGGUAUCUCUAAGCCUGUUCAGGACUCUUCUUUCCCUGAACUGUGAAGACGUCAUGCUGCAACUUGUUCUCAGGUAUCUGCUGCCCUGCACUCAUGUAAUGCUGAGUCAGCGGCGCGCGAUAAGGGAGACUGACAUGUACGGGAAGUCAGCAGACAAGUUCCUGUCACUGAUUCCAGAGUGCUGCCGGCUGUAUGCAGUGCCCUCAGCUGAAAAGGACGAGGACAAUGCAUUCUGGGGCAAAGCACUGAACACUACCAGCACAGAGUCUCCAGCCCCACCCAGACCCAACACCCCAUCUCGAUUAUCCUUCUUUAUCCGCCAACAGAGUAGUGGAGGUGGAUCAGGUGGAGGGGGUCCUUCCACCCCCACCAGCAUGGAGCCACUGCAGUCAGGUCUUUCCAGUUCCCACCCUCUGUCCCCUGACAGCCCAAUGCACCAGCAGCAGGCUCACUCAGACUCUCUGGACUGGGACUCGGGUUACCUGGAGUACCUCAAAGAUGCCCGGCGGGGCAUUGAGCGUUGUUCCUGGGCCUGCCGCAACUGGUCGGUGCCCUAUGAUGGAGAAAACCCCUCCCCAAACACAGUCUCUCCACCCCCUCCUCCACCUACCUUCAACCCCUCCAUGGCUAUGUUCCCUGAACACUUCUCUUUCCAGCAGGGAGGAGGCAGUAGCACCCCUCCAGGCCAGCAGAGGGCAGCCAUUGUGGCCGCAGCACGAUCAGAGUGGAGCAGCUCAGAGCGAGACAGCGGAGAGUGGGAUGUUACAAUUGGUAAAAACAACUGCAUCAGCCUCACACCACGCUCCAUGAAACGCAGCCUGCAGAGAGAAGAGCUCCAGCCAAAGCAUGUUCCUUUUCUUGUUCUUUCCUCCCAAUCUUCAGACACUUCUCUAUCGAUCUCCCACCCCAACUUGUCCCCAGCUCCUCACAUUCCAACUUCUGCUAUCACUGUUAGCUAUCAGGCCAUGUAUAAUGGGACAGGGGGGCAGGGGGACGGGUGCUCAGACAAUCGGGACAGAGGACUGGAGGUAAAGAAAAAGAAAAGAGACUUUGGGGAGCAGCAGUAUUUGGAUGAAAACGCAAAUAAAAAUGGAUCUCUUGUCACCUGCCCCUCCCAAAGCUGCACCACUCUCCCACAAUCAAUUUUUAGCAAAAGCAAAAUGAGUGAAGAAAAACCUCUUUGCCCGCUUGCUUCUCAGAGCUCCAUCAGCCAGCCAACCUCUGACACCAAACUGCUGACCAGCAACACCUCAAACCCACACAGUACAUCCUCGGAUCUUCCAGAAGCAAACCAGGCACAACAAUCUGUAGAGAGUCUCAUCCAGGAGCUGCUAGAGCAGGCACCUGUAGGACCACAGCUCCCUGCAGACUCCAAUGGCCAAGGCAUCAGCAUCGAGGCUUUUACACAGGAGCUGAGGGAGCUGGAAGACCAGGUGAAGGAACGCAGCAGAGCAGCCUGCCAGCUGGAGGAAACUGCCAGAGAGUCCCUCUCCGCUGAGCGGCAGGAGGAGGAACAGCACCUGUCCUUGGCCCUGGAAAUGAAGCUGAUGGGUGACACAAAGGGAGAAGGAUCUGUGGUGGGCAUAUGUAGUCCGACUCGACCACUAAAUCAGCCUCCCUCUCAGCCAUACACAGGUCCAUUCAUGGUGGUUCUGUUUGCCAAGCUGGAGAAUAUGCUCCAAAACUCGCUCUAUGUCAACAUCCUGCUCACAGGCAUCGUGGCCCAGUUGGCCUGCUAUCCUCAGCCCCUUAUACGCUCCUUCCUGCUUAACACCAACAUGGUCUUCCAGCCCAGUGUCAAGUCACUGAUACAGGUUCUUGGUUCUGUGAAGAAUCGGAUUGAGGCCUUUGCAGCCUCCCAUGAGGACUUUCCAGCCAUGCUGAAGAAAGCCCAGCAGUACCUGGUGGCCCGAGGCAAAGUGGAUUGGACUGACUCGCCUGCAGCAGUUCCUCCCCUGCGGCGCUCUGAUUCAUUAGUGAAGAGUCGUAAGCCAUCUCUUGGAGACCUAAUUCUUCGGCACACCAACAGCCCGACCAGGGCUCGACAUGCUGCUCAGCUGGCUCUCGCACAUGUAAGGGAUGGUGGCCAAUCUCUGCACAGCGCCCUAUUUAAGGGUGUUGGAGGCGGAGGGGCCUCCAGCCUGGAGAAGCAAGCCGAAGCACUCCGAGUGAAGAAUGCUGUGUACUGUGCUGUCAUCUUUUGUGAGUUUCUCAAGGAGUUGGCAGCCCUGGCUCAAGAGCACGCUAUCACUCUCCCUUUCUCUAACAGCCAGGAGGCAGAGGAAUAAACUAUAAACACCAUUUCUUUUUGUUUAGGCUAUAAACAGAGUUCUAUGGGAUUCUAUCAUCACCAGAGGACAGACUGGAGUACUGAGACUUUCUAAAUCAUUAUAUGAUACCUAUAGGACUGGAAGAAUUUACUCAAAUGUAAACGUAUAUGCUAUUGUGCAUAUCAUGUAUUAUAUUUACAUUCUAUACAAAGAAAUUCUCAGUGAAUGCUAGAGAUUUGGGAGUUUGUACAUACACAUACCAUGUCAUGGUAUAAAGUGACACAGUGAAACCACAGAUAAAAGAAUUAGGUGGACAUAUUGGUGCUGGUCAAUACUCCCUAUCUUUUAAGUUAAAAGGGUGCUUUCAGGCAGCACAGAUGAGAAAAAGGUUUUGUCCUCAACAAACACCAAAUAAUGCUUGGUAUGAAAGUGAAAGUGUAGGCUUGUUAAUCAACCACAAAGUAAUCCAAUUAGUUUUUGCCAACUCUUGCUGUCAUUGCAGAGCGUUUUGUUCCUUUAUCAAGGGCUGGUCAAAAAAUGAAAGCUCACUGAAAAACUGCAGGAGUUCCAAGUCACGUGUUUUAAUUUUAAGAGUCUGCACUGCUGCAAACACAUUUCAUCCAUGAAUGAGAUAUAAAGUGGAAAACACAGGUGAGUGCUGCUGUCUCUCCUGCAAAUCAGUAUGACCGUCACAAAUAUACUGGAAAACUUUGAACCAUUAAUUAGAUUUUUGAAUCUUUUGUUUGAAAAUUGUUUUUGCAUCUGUACCAUUUCCUAGAGAUAUCAGCAAGAUGUGGGAGUGCCAGGUGUGUCUGCCAUUAGGUAAAUUGAACGCCAGGUGAUACCAGUUCUUUAGGCCUGUCAGUAAUCCUUUGACCUGUUGCCUUAAAAGAGGCUGUGUGGUUGAAAAGGCAGCACUGUUUCACAAUUCAUACCUUUUGUCUGUCAUUGAGUCUUUUAAAAAGACCUGAAAGUCUGACAGAAAAAGGUGAGAAGGGAAAGAAUUUUAUUCCAAGGGAGCGUCAUAUCAAUUUUCAUUUAUUGUGAACUGACUAAAGGAUCCUGUGAGGUAUUUACUAACUCUCUAAAAAAAGUCUUUGUGAGUUGUGAGGUCGAGAUAACGCUUGUCAGAAGCAAACAGCAUUUUAUGCUUUCCAUAUUUGUUAGCUUCAGAGUUCUGUCUCGUUUGAGGUAGACAGAUCGAACUGUUCAACUUUGAACCUAACAUGCUGCUAUUUUUUUUUUUUUUUUUUUAAACAAUAGCACAUUUUUUUUCUAUUAGUGAUGGCCCUAAUCUCUCAAUUUCAUUGUUAGGUACCAAGUGUGUGUGUGUGUGUGUGUGCGUCUUAGGACAAGGAGCAGUCGGUGCCAAUGUUGUGAUCGGCAUUUAAUUUAUAUUUUAGUGUCUGAGGUUGAAUGAAGUUGCAACCACAGUGUUAAAAGCUUUUGCCAUGACAAAAUUUGUUUCUUUUUUCCUCAACAUUGAACAGUUUUUGUGCCUUUAAAUUUUUGCAAGUGGGUUGUUUAAGGUACCUUUCUUCCCAAAAGUAAAAAUACAUCUUUUUUUUCUCCUACCUUUUGAGCUUUUUAUCAUCUUUCAUGGAGAAACUACUUUCCUUCUACUAAACCACACCUACCAAGCAUAUCACUGCGCCAAAGAAGUGGGUGUCUCCUCAUAAACAAGAGGCUUGUGCUUGUGACAGCUCGUGAAGUGAACAUUAAUGGCUUUUUCCUUAGAUGAGCUGAAACAUUGGGUAACAAAGGGCUCGAACAAACAGAAUGCAGCAAGUUUUUUACAUGUCUCACAUUUCAGAUGUCCAAAUGCUUUUUAGCACGAGUGCUCUAAAAGUUAAAAAUUCAGUGGCAAAAAAACACCUGACUAAUAUUAAGCCUUGAACUGACCAUCAUCCUGGUGAAGCUGUUGGACCAGCUGGUGGGUACAUCCUGUGAUUUCCACCCGGAUAUCUGUUUCCCUGUGUCUAGCAUACUUCUUGGUGACUCCCUCAGCCCUGGAGCCAGAAUUAUUGUAUAUGCCUCUUGUUUUUUCACAAGGGUGUUAACUAUCUACUAAGAAGGAAGCACGGUGUCUGAGAGUGUGGAGUUUAGCCUCUUGUCCAUGAGUAAUAGUGGUUAUUUGGUUGCCAGUUUGGUAGAAAGAAAAAUGGUCCAACAUUUAGCUGUUUACACUUCAGGCCAUGACUUUGGGAAAAAGACAUUGCUGUUGACUUUUCCAAAUGUACUUUUUGAUGAGUUGUGCACCACAAGCUGUCAUCUAGUUCCAUCAUAUUAGAGAGAAAGCAUACAUCUUUAAGGUAAUAUCUCUCAUCAGAAAAAUCUAGAUGACAGUAAAUGGCACUACAGUUAAGAGUAAAAAUACAUAUUUUUCAUAUUCUAAGGGAUUUGUCCCUAUAAGGACCCGUAUGUAAAUCAAGUAUUACCUGUAUGCCUGCAAUUUUUUCUUUAAAUCCAUCUAAUUUUGACCCAUGCGUUUGAGAAAUCCAUUGGUUUCCUGCACCUACUAGCCAUUCUCUUCCAACUUUUAAAAAUGUUCAAAGUUCCUGCCACCAAACUCUUAUCCUUUGAAGUUGAAGACCACAUCAUUUUUUCAAAACUUUUC